AUGGAUUCUGUGGAUAGAUUUAUCAUGGACAAGAAUCUCCCUCAUCCAAGGUCCUUAAAGGUCCAGGAAAGGGCAGCUCAGAAACUGCUCAAUGUUGGGAGAGGAUCUACUGCGAACCCUUUAUCACAACCCUACACCACCAGUAAUCAGGAAAAGAGAUUGAAGAGGUUAAAGAAGCUGACAAUUGAUCUCCAGAAGAUAGCAAAUGAGAGGGAUGAACUAUGGGGAAUCCUGGCCCAUUACACCAACAAGGAGCUGAGCAACAGGGAGAUAGACUUUGAGACCAUCAUGCUCAAGAUGCAACACCAGCAGGUGAUGGCCAACCUGCAGAAAAUGCCCCAAUACAUCAGUGAGGCCUUAUAUAUAUAUAUAUAUAUAUAUGAAAAUCUAUUCUACUGCAUCAGGCACUGCCAUGUCCUUAGGGAAUCUACUUAUAUGAAGCACAAAGUAAAGAUAUUGUGGAAUGAGAACAUAGAGCUGCUAAGGGACAAGAUUGCACUGGAGGAGUCCUGUGAGGAAACAACGAGGCUGUUUGUGAAAGCUAGUAUGAAGAUCUAUGACCUAUGUGCCAAGCAGCAGCAGGUAGGAUGA